UAUUAUAAAAUAUAUGAUUGUGUAGUAUAUAUUAUUUUUAUUUUUUUUUCAUUAUAUUAUUUGUAAUAUUGUGCAUUUUCGAUGACAACUAAUACAGAUUACCUUAUACAUUUAUAAUUAGAACACUUAAUUUAUGGACAAAAUGACCAUAAAGUCACUUUGCUUGUUGAACGCUAYAUUGAGUAGAAAAAUAUUUUUUUAUAACAGAAUAUUCAGGGUUAACCKAAUAACACUCAAAUUAUACAGUACGAAUCCUAAGCCAACGUGCAACAUUGGUACAAUUGGGCACGUUGACCAUGGAAAAACUACACUGACAGCGGCAAUCACUAAGGUUCUUGAAAAGGAUGGUUUAUCGAGAUUUAUAGCUUAUGAUGAAAUUGAUAAGGCUCCUGAAGAGAAAGCUAGAGGUAUAACUAUAAAUAUAGCUCAUGUAGGCUAUGAAACGUCAAUGCGUAAAUAUGCUCAUGUUGACUGUCCUGGACAUGCUGAUUUUGUUAAAAACAUGAUUGUUGGAGCAUCUCAAAUAGAUUGUGCUAUUUUGGUAGUUGCUGCUACGGAUGGCUCAAUGCCCCAAACUCGAGAACAUUUGCUCUUGAUUAAACAAGUUGGAGUACAACAUGUGGUAGUAUUUGUUAAUAAAUGUGACAUAACAGAAAAUGAUGUUAUUGAACUUGUUGAACUAGAAAUACGAGAACUAUUAACAGACUUUGGUUUUAAAGGACAUGAGGUUCCAUUCAUUUUUGGUUCAGCACUUCUUGCAUUAAAAGGUGACACGUCUGAACUUGGAGAAAAAUCUAUAAGAAAUUUAAUGGAUGUAAUUGACAAUAACAUACCGACUCCAAAACGAGACUUUACUUCUCCAUUUUUAUUGCCUAUAGACAAUUGUUUACUAGUACCUGGCCGAGGGGCUGUUAUUAUAGGCACAUUAAAAAGAGGAACAGUUUGCAAAAACGAUAAAGUUGAGUUAUUAGGAUUUGAUGAAAAAAAAACCACUAGUAUUGGGGAUAUCCAAGUGUUCAAUAAAUCAGUGAUAAGUGCCAAAGCGGGAGAAAAUGUUGGUAUUUUGUUAAGAGGCAUAAAGCCUAAAUUUGUUCGUAAGGGCAUGAUACUGUGCCCAAUUAAUACUUUGAUACUGAACAAUCAUUAUAAAGCAACAAUUUAUUUUCUUUCACGUUCUGAAGGUGGACGGUCAAAACCGAUCACAUCAAAUUAUCAACAGCAAUUAUUCAGUCACACRUGGAACAUUGUUUGCAGAAUUGAUCUGGAUUCUGCAGUAUCUAUGGUAAUGCCUGGAGAGCAUGCUGAAGUCACAAUAACUUUAUUGAAUAAAAUGAUUAUGGAUAUUGGACAAUCAUUUACUGUAAGAGAAAAUGGAAGAACAGUAGCUACUGGUAUUAUUAGUGAAAUUUUACCAAAUGUAAAUGUGUCUAAAAACAAUCUAAGUAAGAUUAUACAGCAUGUUAAUAAAAGUGAUAAAAAAAUGUAGUAUCUAUUUGUAUAUUGUGUAAUUUAU